AUGCAAAAACAGCAACUUAUCGCAGUCAUCGUGACAGUGUUACUGCAAAUUUUCCAUUCAACUUUAGCUAUCGACUACAAAAAAGAUUACCACCAGAUUCAAGCUGCUGCUAAUACUACGAUAGAGCUUCAUUGUGUAAGUCCAGAAAAUUACCUAGUAUAUACGAUAGCGAAAAACGAAAACAUUUCCGAGAGCGAAUUUUGUAUUAUACACAGGGAUGGAACGCUUAGUGUUAUCUUACAUAUCCAUCAAGAAUCAAACUUUGCAGACAAUUACACCUGUGAAAAUGAAGAGCAGAUGUCAUUGCCAAUUAGGAUUAAUGUAACAAGUGCGACAACAAACAGGUUACCAGAAAAAACUUAUGUUUCCGAAUCCAAAGCUGCUGAAAGUGGCUGCUACCCAAACAGCACAGUGAGCCUCGCGAUCAAGAAAAAUAAUCAAGCUUUCUGUAAAAUAUGUGUUCCACUGCCAGCUUCAGGUGGUUCAAUCCCAUACGCUCAAAUAACGUGUGUAAUUUUUAUUAUCCUUUUAUUAAUGGCCGUUUUUGUCAUUGGAUUCAUCUACGUUCGACGACGAAGCAACGAAAUCAAACAGUUGUGUGAACUGUACGAAGAACUGACAACAAAUGAGCAUGCAAAAAACUUUGUUGAACCGCCUAAUGUACCGCUGCAUCAACUGGUUGAUGAACUCCCGUACGACUUAAGCUACGAAAUACGGGUGAAUAGACUUAAAAUCAGAAAGGUAAUUAGCGACGGCAGUUAUGGGCGUAUUUAUGCUGGCGAUCUACGUUCAAAAGCGCCUCGUAAGGAAUACCUUCAUGUCGUGGUAAAAGUACCGAAAAGAUCAGCCAAAUACGCAGAUAUCAAAGCCCUUGCUGACGAACUAAAAAUACUAAUGAAAAUCGGUAUGCAUCCCAACAUCGUUUGCCUUGUCGGAACAAUAACUGAAAACCUCAAAAGGGGUGGAGACAUGUGCGGUAUAUUUGAAGAAACCGAAUCCACUCUUAAAACUUUUUUGAGAGAGCGAAAGGAUUUCUUUUUUAACGAGUUGCACGAUUUCAAAAGCUCUGCUAUAAUGUUGAGCACCGAUGAUAAUAGCACAGAUGAAAGCGAAACGCGUGCAAAAACCAAAAAUCUAGGAGCACCUAUAACAACAAGUUUCCUUAAUUUGGUUGCUUAUCAAGUGGCCAACGGCAUGGAAUACCUAGCAAGAAAAAAGUCGGACGUUUGGUCUUAUGGUAUACUGUUGUGGGAAAUCUUCAGUCUUGGUGAUGACCCCUUCAAAGGAUUUGAAACCCCGCAAAAGUUGGAAGACUUUUAUGCAAAAGGAAACAGAUUAACACAACCUGAGUUUAUGCCAGCAUCUGUGUAA